AUGUCCUUGUUCUCAAAAUUUACAAAGAGUCACCAAAAUACUGACAAAUCAAUAUAUCCAUGGUCUGGACGAAAAAUAACAGGGAGUCAUCACGCUCUUUCGAGAUUCGGUCAUGGAGCCACCAUGUUGGACAAUCACCACUUUAUUGUCUUUGGUGGUAUCUAUACCAAGGGAAACACCAAGAAGAAUUUAUUCAUUAUUGACACCAAUAACCUUGCUGCCACUUCAUUAACCACGUCAGGUGAUAUUCCCUCCUACCGAACCUUUGGUACCAUUUCAUCCAUUGGCGGCUUUGUAUUAUUAUAUGGUGGAGAGCCACUUGUGCCUGGAGAGAUGUGGGAUCCAUACUUUUAUGUUUUACACACGAACACAAGGCAAUGGUCUAGAGUACGAACAAAAGGUAAACUACCAUCGGAAAGAGCAGGACAUUCUACCUGUGUUUCAAAGAAGGGUAUCAUGUAUAUCUGGGGUGGACAUUAUCAACGAAAAUAUCUGAAUGAUUUAUGUGCAUUUAACGUAAAAGAAUAUCCUGCAAAGGCGGAUUGGGAAUUCAUUUCCUAUAAAAAUCAAGGACCGUCCGCACGAUCGGGUCAUGUCUCCUUUAUCCAUGAUAAUAAAUUAUACAUCUUUGGUGGAGUGAAUGCGAGUCAAUUAUACAAUGAUAUCUGGUACUUUGAUUUAGACACCCAAUUAUGGUAUCCCAUUGCAGCUGUAGGCUAUAUACCCCUUCCGCGAGAAAGUGCUGGAGCUGCAUUGGUAGAUGAUACCCUUUAUAUAUUUGGUGGUCGUGGUGUGAAUGGUACCUUGGGCGAUUUAUGCGCUUAUCGUAUUCAUAGUAAACGAUGGUACACAUUUGAAAAUAUGGGGAAUCCACCUACCCCGCGUUACGGUGCCACAUUAACCUUGGUGCAAAACAAGAUUUAUGUCUUUGGCGGUGAAUCCAUGACCACUGGUAAAUCUGAUGAUACAACCCAAGUUUAUAUUCUUGACUGCUUGACAGCCCAUGCGAUGGAGACCAACACAAGCCAUCAUCAUGCCCCACCCCGACCACCUCGCGACGGUGUCAGUCUCAACCCAUUUGAUUCGUUUCAAAAAGAAAAAUCCAACCUCGUGCGAGAGAUCGCUGCACGCGAUCUAGUGAUUAGUGAAAUGAAGAAAAAGGAGCAAUGGUGGCGUACCGAAGUUUCUUUAGCACGUCAUGAACGUGGUGAUCAUAACACGCAAGAAGACGAAGACGUGAUGUUGAUGACGUUUCAUGAUGUACCCAGUGAUAAACGAUUAUUAUUUCAACAACUGGUACAAUUAAAAGCCGAAAUAAAGAGGAUCAGGAUGGGUAUGAGCAAGGACCGACAGGUGUUGGAGAUCGAACAUGGGGAGACGAUACGUCAUGUGGCAUUAGAGGAAGCAGCUUAUUAUAAAGCGAAAUAUGUUGCAUUAAAAUCAAUGAAUGGCCAGAGUUUAGCCAAGCUAGAAAGUGAGCGUAUCAGUGUAUUGGAAAAACGAUUAGCGGAUGCCUAUACGGAGAAGAGUCAGAAUGAAAAGUUGUUACAGAGGGUGCGAGUGCAAUCGGAAAACGAUCGAGCAGCACGAUUGUUAGCGGAGGAAAGAGCCAAGGAUGCACAGAGCCAAUCAGAGGAAGCGCAGGUAGCGCAUCAGACCUCGUUGGAGAAACUGUCAGUCCUGUACGAACAAAUUAUUAAAGGUGAAGCACAAGGACGUAGUGACGCCUUGGUGAUUGCGGAUUUAUCGAACCAGAUUGCUAAAAACUUGACGAUGCCGAGUACGGAUGUUUCGCAUAUCCAUAUCGAGAUGAGUCGAUUGGAGGUAGCGAAUAUUAAACUACGAAAUGAGAUGGCGGUCUUGACUGGGAAAUUGGAACAAUCCAAAGAUGUUGAAAUGAAUUUACGAUCCCUGUUACAAGAACGUGAAGUGGCUCAUCAGGAAGCCUUACUUGAACUGGAGAAAAGCUGUAUAGAAUUACAAGUGCUUAAAGGUGCUGGUCACCAUGACACUACUGUAUAA